AUGGCGUACAAGACAAGGCGGAAUACCUUGGACCCCACUGCCUUCCACAGCCUCGUAACACUGCAGACCCUGUAUCUGAGCGGAAACCCCUGGAAGUGCAACUGCUCUUUCCUGGACUUUACCGUCUACCUGCUAGUGUCCCAUCUGAACCAUCCAGACGAUGACAACGCCACGUGUGUGGAGCCCACGGAGCUGGCAGGGUGGCCCAUCGCGCGGGCAGGGAACCCGCUCCGGUACAUGUGUGUCACGCACCUGGGCCGCCAAGACUACAUCUUCUUGCUGCUUGUCGGCUUCUGCAUUUUCUCGGCGGGCACUGUGGCAGCCUGGCUCACGGGCCUGUGCGCCGUGCUCUACCAGAACGCCCGCCGCAAGGCCAGCGAGGACAAGGCCGAGGCCGAGCACGGGCAGAGGCCAGAGGUCAGCAGGCCCAUUUUCCAAAGCAGGGCUGACUGGGCCCAGGAUGGGUUCCCCGGCGGGUCCAGUCACCAGCGGGCCGCCUGCUCUGCCCCUCCCCCUCCCUUGAGGCUACCACCUAGACACUGA